UGGCGGGGGCCGCUCCGGCCAUCCCGCUGGCGGAGCGCGCUCGUGACGUAGAGACACGCGAUGCCUAGCUUCAAACACAACACCCUGCUUCCGGGGCGGCUUAGAACCCUGCCCGAGGGAUGUUCCGGUGCUGGCGCUCCCCCCAACUAGUGGGCUUCCGACGUCUAGACACCCCGGUCCUUUUCCAGACAGGGGAACAGAGACAGCCAGACUUCGGGGUCUCGCGUGCAACACGUGGGCGCCCGGCUCUAGGACCUUUAACUCUGCGCCCGGCCCUUCCCAAGAUGGCGGCGCUUCCGGCGUCGCUUCCGCCCGCAGAGCCCUUCCCAAGAUGGCGGACCAGGACCAGCGCCAGCCGGGCCCGCCCCCGCUGCGGCUCCCGGAGCUGCUAGAGGGCGGCUGGCGGCUGCUCGACGAGGUGGAGGCGGGCAGCGCCCACGAGCCCUCCUCGGGGGCAGUGCCCGUCCAACGCCAGGUCCAGCAGGGCCUCCGCCUCCUCGAGCGCGCCGCCCGCGCCGUGGCCGAGCUCCAGCUCUUCAGCCACAAUGAAGAGCUGGAGGAGAUUGCAUCAGCUGACCUGAAGUUCAUGCUGGUCCCAGCUCUGCUGGCUGCACUUAUCUUGAAGCAGGUCAGCCCAGACAAGCGCCUGGAGCACGUGCAGAGAGCCCGGGCCUCUUUCAUGGACUUCCUGAAAGUCUGCAAGGACUAUGGGAUUGGCCACUUUGAGCUCCCACAGGAGUCAGACCACCUGGAUGAAGACCAAUCUGCAGGGAGCUCCCAGAGAGUUGGUCCCACCUCGGAUCAGGCAGCUCUGAUUGCCAUGGCGACAAAUAGACAAGCAAAAAUUGAGAGGUACAAGCAGAAGAAGGAGGUGGAGAACAGGCUGGCAUCUUUGAAAACUUCUGUUGAUGGUGGCCAUGCCGAUGAAGAGCAGAUAAGGGAAUACUACUUGCUGCAAAUCAAGAAGUGGAUCAGCACGAGCCUGGAGGAGAUUGAGAGCAUUGAUCAAGAAAUUGCAAUCCUCAGCCGGCGGGAAGCUCUGAAGCAGGUGCAGCGUCCUUCCACUCGGGCCAGGCCUCCCAUGAAGCCCUUCAUCCUCACCCGGGAUGCUGCCCAGGCCAAGGUGUUUGGGACUGGCUACCCAAGUCUGGCGACCAUGACGGUGGACGACUGGUACGAGCAGCGCCAGAAGCAAGGGGUCUUGCCUGAUCAGGGCAUCCCACAAAGACCAGCAGGUACAGAAGAGGAGGAAGAAAAGAAAGAGGAGGAGGAGGAGAGCGAAACAGCUGUUUGGAGAGCCCGAGAAUGGGAUGAGUGGAAGGACACACACCCCAGGGGCUACGGCAACCGGAAGAACAUGGGCUGACCAUCUCUUGCCCAAACGAGGGACUUGGCUGUCCGUCCUGGGCAAGACCUCCUUCCCUUGAAGCAGCAGAGGAGAGCAGGACGGGGCAGGGCUCUUGUGCGCUGUGUUGGAUGCCAGGCGUGACUUGUGCAUGUGCCACGGAUCUGGAAGCAGCGAAUACUUCACCCCGUGGAGGCCUCACAGAGGGCUGGAUUUGAAACUUGGCAGUGUCCCCCUUCCCUAAAGUAUGACUUGAUAAGCUGGUCUCUUGGGAAUUCCUGUUAGCGGCGGUGGCGGCGGCUGUGACACAUUUUUCCCUAAAAAAGAAAUAAAUGGCCUUUGUCAGUGCAUCA